GUUAUCGCGACCCAGCUUCUGUUUGCAGGAGGACUAUUGUUCCUGGUUGCUAACAGACGGGGGCGAAGUCUGGGACCUCCGUCCCCCACCCCAGACUGGUGGUCCCCUGGGACCAGCUCUCACCCUGAAAUAGACCCGGGCAUGGCGGGUGCCAGGGAUGCCCGGGGAAUGAGUCCGCAGGGGCAGCAGGGUGGUCUGCGGCUGCUGGUGCUCGCUGGUGGGUGAUAGAGGGGGAUCCCACCACCUGCACUGGGCACCCCGGGUUGGUCCUGGUGUCACAUCCUCGUGGUGAGACAGUGGCGUGUGAGUCACCGCUGGACCCAGCUGCUUGCCAGCAUGGCUGGGUCCCCCGGCUGCUGAGGAAGCCCUGACUGAGCACAAGGAGCGCAGUGGCCCCAGCCCCAUGCAGGGAUGGCCACACAUGCCAGCAUUGCUGCCACGGUGGCCCAGAACCAUGGGUUUGCAGCCAUCUCCCCCAUCGCACUCCAGGAGCCCUGGGCUGCAGUGGAGGGGCUGGCUGUGCCCAGGACCCCCCCCCCAGCUCUGCAGGAUACCCAGCCUGGGCUGGGGGGGGCUGGCUGGGGGGGCCGAGGCGUGAGGCUGCACCAGGCACUGACCCCGAGCCUCUCGCUGUUUCCUGCCUUCUGGCUGCGUCGCGGUCCCUGGAGACCGGGAAGUGUCUGUGAUAGCCGGGAUGGUGUCGGUCCCGAAUCCAUUCUCAGCUACUGCUGUUUCCUUCCUGAGCUGCAAAUAACAGUGAGUCACCCCUGGCCCCACCAGGGAUGCUGCCGGGGCUCCGCUGGACCCCUGGCCCUGGCGCUGGCCCUGGGACCCUGGUGCGCUGGUGGCUUUGCCAGUUGGAUGCUCCCGCCAGCAAUCCACCCAAGGGCUCCUCACAGCCUCCUGGGGUCAGCAGGAAUCCCGAUGGGGCAACUGCCCCCCACGGUGCUGCAGACCCACCCUCUGUCCCAUUUUCCAGUUAGCACCCCUCCUAUAAUUAAUCCUUCCUAUGCCAAGGGCUCAUGUUGCGUUGAGGUCGGGCCAUGGGAACGGCUGUGCCUUGUUGCCCUCCCCAUCCCAAACUGCUGCAGGGCUGGGGUCUCUGCUCUGGGACCACCAGGUCUGGGGUGCAGGAAUGGGGCUGGUCCCCCCACAACAGGCUCCACAGCCCGAGGAGCCCCGGCCUGGGUGGAGACCUCCUUGCAGAGACACUUCAACCUGGAAAGCUGCCUGCCAGCACCCUCCCUGCCCCCUCCCAAGCUGGGGGGCAGUGGGGGGCAUGGGGUGCGAUCCCCCAUGAGGGGUGCAGGCAGGAGGAGGCCGGAUGCCUGUGAGCAGCCUGCCUGCCCUCUGCACAGGAUAUUGCAGCAGUGACAGCAGGAAAAUCUGCAACUUUCCUGGAAACUUUCUUCAAAGCGGAUCAAAGAUGCUGGGAAGCGACUGCAGAACAGCAGCAUCUGCUGAUCCCUGUCCCCCCAUCCUCAACUCGGCCCCUCAUCCCCAGCCAGGCCCCCCAGGGUGUCUUUGGGGUCCCUGGCAGAGCCGGGUCCUGCCCUGGCAGCCGCUGGCCAUCGCGGUGGCAGAGCCUGGUUAAAGCCCUGGGGUGUGUGUGAUGCCCAAGCGGGGCUGUGGGGAUGGCUGGGCUUGGCUCGGGGGGACA